AAGGCAAUAACUCAGGUUCACUAGAACAUGUCAACAAAAACAACCUUAGCUGGGAUGAACAAGUUUCUGAGACUAGUACAGGUAACAAAGACAACAUGGAAACAACAACUCAAAAUGAGUUAAUGAACAAACAAGGGAACUCCACUUUAGAAAGAAAUACAACUCUCAAUAAUUUCACAAAUAUCAGGCCAGAACAAGAAUCUCAUGCAGCUAAUACUGCUAACAAAGAAGAAAACCCAUACUUGCAAGAUGAUAUACCUAUUACUAACAGUGCAGGCUUACAAGAAAAUAAUUUAACACAAGAAGAACAAAAUAGGCCUUUGUUAUCUUCAAUGGAAAUAGAUAACAACAAAAGAAACUUUACACUAAGCAGAAAACAAAAAUACAGAUGA